AUGGUCGACUCGCUACUCGCUACCGCGACUGCAAAGGCUCUCAUUGCUUCCACGGGCGAUUGCAUCCCCUGCGAGCCUACCAAUGCCCCAUCGGUCGCCCCGUCUCUGACGUUUUCUGACGAGUCGGACGAUGCCGAGGAGCCUGCUCGCACCGAGAAGCCGCGCCAGCGUCGCGCUUCCACGCGGCUCAUUGCCCAGAGCGCCCGCGAUAUCCAACGCAUUACCGGUGAGACGACGGCCGAGUUCGUUGGCCGCUGCUGCGGUGGCGGCUGCUGCUUGAUGGGCACUAAGCGUCCCGCCGGCGUCGACUACGUACCGCUCGUUCUCCCCGAUAAUGCAGCCUUCAAUUCUCUUGGCCUCAAGUUCCCCGACGAGGUUCCUACCAAGCUCACAGGCAUCGUCGACAUGCCAACCAAGGUUGUAUCGUUCAAGUCGAUUCCUCGCCCUCUGAGCAACCGUUCGCUGCAGGCCUCGGACUCUGGUAUCUCCAUGGGCCCUGAUGGUGACGCUUCCUCUGUUACCUCUGCCGAGAAGGCUUUCGAGUCCAUGGCCAUCGGCUCUCUCGACACUGCUAUCCAACCACCGAAGUUUGUGCAGCCGCACCCUCCGUAUCACGUCUACCCGGCCAAAAUUCAUACUACCCGCGAGCUCACCAAGGAAGGUGCCGAGAAGCGCACAUAUCACUUUGACCUUGACAUCACCAAUUAUCCGGAUGAGGAGACCAACGAUUUCAAGGUUGGCGGUGCUAUUGGAGUGCUCGCCCCCAAUGACGACGACGUUGUUGACGAUGUCCUUGACCGCCUCAUGGUCCCACGCUUCAUUCGCGACAAGCAGACUCUGAUGACCACCACGACCGGUCGCUGGCCUACGGUUUGGGGUGACGAGAAAGCCCGCGAGCUUGUCACUACCCGCCGUGAUGUUCUCAAGUGGUGCACCGACCUUCAAUCAUACCCUCCCACCAAGACCGUGUUCCGUGUUCUCGCCGAGCACGCAACUGAUGAGACCGAGAAGAAGGUUCUCAUGUACCUCUGCUCCGCUCAGGGUCAGGGUACGUUCUGCGAUAUUCGCACAGGACCCCAUGUUACCGUGUCUCAGCUUCUGCACGCCUUCCCCAGCUCGCAGCCACCUCUGGACGAGCUUCUGUCUGUUCUGCAGCAGCUCAUGCCUCGUUUCUACUCUCUUUCCAACGACCCCCACGACUCUUACCAGACUCGUGACCAGAAGCAGCACCGCUUGAUUGAAAUUGCCGUCACCGUUCAUGAGACGAGUGACUGGCGCAAGGGUUCUCGAACUGGUCUCGGCUCAGGCUUCUUUGAGCGUCAGGCUCAGCGUUUCCUCCAGGCUCAAGCCGCCGGCGAGCCUAACCCCGAAGUUUACAUCCCCAUGUUCAAGGGACUCAUGGCCAACCCGCUUGCUAAGGAGUUCAACUCGGAUGGUCCCAUGCUGCUCAUCGGUGCUGGUGUUGGCAUCGCGCCCUUCCGUGGCUUCGUCCAGCGCCGCCUCAAGCAGGCCAACUGUGCCAACAAGGUCUGGGUUCUCCAGGGCAUCCGCGAUUCCCUGGUCGACGAGAUCUACAGCGGCGAAUGGGGUGUGCACGAGGAAGAGGUCAAGCGUGUCGUGCAGAGCCGAAAGGGCGAAGGACGCUACGUCCAAGAGGAGGUUCGCAACCAGGCCGACCUCGUUUGGUACAUUGCCAACUCCGUCGAUGGCCGCGUCUUUGUGUGCGGCAGCUCCAAGGGCAUGGGUGAAGGUGUCGAGGAUGCCCUCGUCGAUGUCGCCAUGUCCAAGGGCAAUCUGGAGCGCGAGGAGGCUCACAACUUCUGGAACCUCAAGAAGGAGGCUGGACAGUACAUUGCCGAAACCUGGUGA